UUGCGGCCGAUUAGAAAGGUGUUGUGUCAAUGCCAAUCGCAGCAGCAGUCCUCGAAUUCAUGCCAUAAAGUAUUAGCAAGCAAAAUCGAGAUCAAGAAAAAAAGGCACAAACCGAUGAAGAUACAGAGAUGAAGAUGCAGAAAGUAUGAGAAACAUGGUGUUGUCAAAAUAUUUGAUAUGGAUCAAUAUGGAUCAGUUGACUGGUCUUUCUUUUAAUGGGCUGAUCUGGACAUUGGGCUUCCAUUUAAAUAAAGAAGAUUGGGCUUCUGUGUACUGUGUCAAAUGACCAGCCCAUUUGUCCACAAAUCUGAAUUUUUCUUUUACCCUUUGAACAUUUACAUAGUAUUUUUCUCUUUCUAGAAACAAUGAGGUGUACAAAUUUUUUGUUAGAGGUACAAUGACCUGUACAGAGUUUGUUAGAGGUCAUUGUCUAGGUAUAGAUAAUUAAUUUCUAGUCCUAGGACAUUUGAAUAUUUGCACAACAAGUGGCUAAAACACUUGUAUAAAUACUUGUAAAUACUGUUCAUCAAAGACAUAGAAAAUUUCUCUAAAUUUCAGCUUUCUAAAUUCCAUUAUGGUAUCAAAGCAUUAAAUUUUCUCAAAGAUCCAGAUCUGUUUUCAUCUCUCAAAACCUUCAUAUAUUAUACAGAUCUGUUUUCAUCUCUCAAAACCUUAAUAUACUAUACUCUCUAGCCAAUGGCAGGAACAGAUCCAGUAACUCAAAUCACAGCACCUUCACAAAUUGAUUCUAACGAUCCUCUCUACAUUCACUCAUCAGACUCCCCUGGUAUGAGCUUGGUAAACUUCAUCUUCGAUGGAAGAGGUUUUCAAGGUUGGAGAAGGACUAUUCUAAUUGCACUUUCAGCCAAGAACAAGCUUGGGUUCAUCAAUGGGACCUGCAAGAUGCCAGACCCAGAUUCAUCAGGUUUCCAUGCAUGGAAUAGGUGCAAUGAUAUGGUAACUUCUUGGCUGCUUAAUUCUCUAUCAAAAGACAUAGCAGAUAGUGUAAUUUACUCAAAAACUGCUAAGGACUUAUACACAGAUCUAGAGCAAAGGUUUGGACAAUCAAAUGGUGCUAAGUUGUUUCAUUUGCAAAAGGAACUAAGUGAUAUAGUUCAGGGAAACACUGAUGUUGCAGGAUAUUACACCAAGAUUAAGAGGCUUUGGGAUGAGCUAGACUCUUUAAACGCGGAUAACAAGUGCAACUGUAAUUGCACCUGUGGAGGUAAAGAUAAGCUAAACAAAUGUCUGAAAGAUGAAAGGCUAAUCAAGUUUCUAAUGGGGUUAAAUGAUACUUAUAGCUCAGCUAGAAGCAACAUUCUCAUGCUUAAACCUUUGCCUAACCUAAACCAUGCUUACUCACUACUCUUGCAAGAUGAGAAUCAAAGGGAAUCCUAUGUUAAUGCAAAUGGAUACACUGGAUCCUCAUCUUUCAUGGCAGGAAAACAAGCAAACAUGAAUGCUAACACAGAUAACCAAGCUUAUGCUGUCAAUCAAGUCUAUGCAGGACAUAAAAACAGAGGAACAAAUCAAGGAGCAUGGGAAAACAGGCCACAACAAAGGUUCCAAGUUAAGUAAAAUAACUUGUACUGUACCUAUUGCAAAAAGACAAAUCACACUAAGGAAGGUUGCUACAGGCUCAUUGGGUUUCCUUCUGAUUUCAAAUUCACCAAGGGUAAGAAAUUUCAACAACCUGCAGCAAAAAGCAAUUCUGUGUCAGUUGAUGAAACUGAAGGGAUGAACAAAAUGAUGCAUGCUAACACAAGCAUGGCAAACAAUCCAAACCAUUACUUGACUGAUGAAGAAUACAAUGAGGCUGUUCUUCACUACAGAGGAAAGAAGAUGGCAGAAACUCCAACUUCUGGGACAACAUCUGAGUCUAUAGCACAUGGAAAUGUUAAUGCAGCUGCUGGCCCCUUUUAUGAAGAGGGCUCAAGUUUUUGGUGAAUCUAAGGAUGGGCUAUUCCUUCUUCAACCUGAUAGGACCACUAGUAGUUUUUGUUCUAAGGGCAGCAGCAAUGUAGUAGUUUCAGAAAAAGUUUCUAAUUCAGUUUCAGUUUCAUUUUCUGUUCCCAUUUCCAUUCAAUCAAAAUCUGAUGUAAUUCUAUGGCACAAAAGAUUGGGGCAUUUGCC